AAGAUAUGUGCACUUCUCUUGACCGCAAUAUUUUUCAGCGUAUAAAAUUUAAAUGUACAAUCCCAAACAGGCAUAAUAUUAAGCGACGUGUCGCGGUUGAAUAACAAAUCGAAUCUCGGUUUCAAAAGUCACGGGAUACAUACCUCUUUUCAGCGGAAAUAAUCAAAUGAUGUUACACCGAGAUGUGGUGUGUGUAUUUCGCCAGUUCCGUUCUCGACAUGAUCCGACGAAGACUUCCGAGAAUCCGGAAUGGAAGACACAUCUUCGUCGCAACUAUACAUCUCGAUUUCCUGAUGUGUAUGAACUAUAUCCGUGGCUUCGACACAAACGAUUUGUCAGUUUAGGUCCCGGAACUGUGAGCAAACAGAAAAAAUAUCAAGCUUGCAUCGCGCCGGGCAAUCAGAGCGGUCACUGCGUACACUUUAGUGGAUGCGUCCUUGAGGAAUUCCGCUCGAACUUUGAGCGAUUCGCGAAUUACAUGUGCAUAAUCGAGCAGACGUACGUUGGCGUGUGUUGUCCGGAUAGUGUCGCGACAGCUCGAUCAAAUAAAGCUUUUAAUGACGAUUUAGCCAGCAUGUUACCGAUGAUAGCGAGUCUCGACAACAACACGGAGGAGUGGGAAAAAAUGUCAGAAAACGACGAGGCGAGUGAGCCAUCUGCCGACGACAAGGAUGACACAAUUUUACGGAAGGACGGCACUUCAACGCAGACAAAAAAGGAGGAAACGAGAAAAUCACAAAAACGCGGAUGUGGCAUGACCGCAAGAAUGAAGACCAGAGUUGCGGGUGGUCAACCGGCCGAUCCCAAGGAAUGGCCGUGGAUGGUGGCUUUGCUCAGACGAGGCUCGAUUCAAUAUUGCGGAGGUGUGCUAAUUACAGAUAGACACGUUCUUACUGCCGCACACUGCGUUUAUAGAUAUACCCCGCGCGACAUCACGGUGAGACUCGGCGAGUACGAUUUCACCAAAUCCGAGGAGACGCGAGCGCUGGACUUCGCGGUGACGGAGAUACGAAUGCACAGAAGCUUCAAGCUGAACACUUACGAAAACGACAUCGCUAUUAUUAAAAUUCACCGACCUACCGUAUUCAACAGCUACAUUUGGCCCAUCUGUCUUCCUCCUGUCCAAUACUCGUACGACGAUAAAAUCGCGGUCGUUACCGGUUGGGGCACGCAGUAUUACGGGGGACCUGCUAGCACAGUGCUGAUGGAAGUUUCAUUGCCGGUGUGGCCUCAAGAGCAAUGUAUUCGCAGCUUCACGCAACGGAUUCCGAACACUACUUUGUGCGCCGGCGCUUAUGAAGGAGGUCGCGACGCCUGUCAAGGUGACUCGGGCGGUCCGUUGCUGCAUCAACUCGCCAACGGCAGAUGGGUCAACAUAGGAAUUGUAUCUUGGGGAAUUCGCUGCGGUGAGCCUGGAUUUCCAGGAAUAUAUACUCGCGUGAGCUCUUACCUUGAUUGGAUAUUUGCGAAUGCCGUAUUUUGAACACUGCCCACAUAUAACACUUCCAGCUACUCUCUUGUGUGCUCCAAAGUUUUUCUAUAUUAUAUUAUAUAUAUAUAUAUAUAUAUACUUAUAUAUAUAUAAUAUAUAUGCAUAUACUUUUAUACACAUAUACGUCUUUCAAAUUUUUCGCGCGGCGUGCUUAUGCGAGACGUGCGGAGCUCGUCUGAUGAAAAUCGCGAUUCUCUUAACUUGGAUCAAUAAUACGAGCUCAUAAUGCCCAGGUGGAACGUGGUGCAGACGUACUUUAAUAACUUUUUAACCGGGACGGUUGUCGAUAGUAAUUAAUUAACGAGUCUUGAAAACGAUUAAACUUUAUUUCCGGAAUAUUUCAUCGGUACAUCGGUUUAAAAGAGAGAUUGACACAGAUUGACACAAAAGUUCACUCUUAUAUUCACGAUGCGUCACACGCGCCUAUUUCGACUUCCGCCUUUUACCCACCACCGCAAGUCUGCAACAGGGCGACCGAGAAUUAUCACCAACCGCGCCAUUAUAUUCUCGUUCAUACAUUAAAACAUACAUCAAACAUAUGUAUGCAACCGCGACCGCAUGUGCACAUUACCCCGCUCUCUCUCUCUCUUUCCUUUGCGCGUGGUUGUAUGUACGCGCGCGUGUCUGCACAUGAGUAUGAUCGCUCGCAGGGAUAUAUGCACUCACGUUCGCCGUUAUUUUCCAGACAUAGACUUUUUUCUUUUUUUUUUUUUUUUUUUUUGGUUUUUGUUUUGCGAGAGGCCCAGCCUCCGAUCGCACACACGAGCGAUCUUAAAUAUCUAUACAGCUAUGGUAACAUUGUUGCUUUUUAACCGUUCAAAUACAGCAUAUACAUAUAUAUGUAUUUAUAUAGAAUCUAAUCUCGUAACAUAUACAUGUAUUUUUUGUAUACAUAUAUAUCAUUGAUUUUGUUUUUUAUUCUCUUUGUUUUUUAUAUAUAGAUUUUAUAUAUAACAUACACCUUACACCGUGUUGUAAGUACGGAAUUCUGUGAUGCGCGUGCGUGUGUUUGUGUACGUAUAUGUGUACAUGUGUGUGUGUGUGUGUGUGAUGUAUCUCGCGUUGCGCGACAGUAUAAUAUUUGUCAUGUUGGGCAUGCAAACGCUAUAGCCGAUUUAUAUAUCUCGCGAUGUUUGCUCGGGUGUUUUGCAAUCCUAAACGCAUCUAAGAGAAACAAAAACUUGUUGUUUUUUUUUUUUCAAAAUAAAACAAAAAUGUAUAUGUAUAUAGACUGAGAUAUACUGUACGUACAAAACUUGUUUUGAUACCAAGUACAAUAAUUUAUUGAUAAAAAAAUUGUAGACCUUUUCCCAAGGUUAAUUUUACUAAUAAAUAUUUGAUCUCUCACACAA